CCUGUCAAGUCAAGAUGAUUAUCAGUAAACUACGGACGUCUUUUGCAUACCAGCCAUGGAGUCCGCCAGCUUGGACAGUAAUGAGCCCAAGAGGGUGUCCGUCACCUCCCCGGAACUCCCUGAAUGGGCAUUCGACCCAGCCAACGCCCAGAAUUGGAGUUUUGGGAAGAAGAUCUACAACACUGCCGUGCCGUCGAUUCUGUGUCUUCUGAUAUCAUUCGGACUCGCCAUCUACUCCCCUUCUCACGCUCAUGUUCAAGCCGCCUUCCACACCUCCACCACGAAAUCGCUUUUGCCCUUCACCAUGUACGUCUACGGACUGGCGUUUGGGCCCAUGAUCGCCGCCCCAAUCAGCGAGACCUAUGGCCGGCGCUUCAUUUAUCUCGUUAUGACCCCCUUAGCCAUGGUGUUCAUUCUGGGAGCUGGCUUCUCCAACAAUCUGGCUGGGCUCGCGGUGUGCCGCCUGCUGGCGGGGACGUUCAUCGCCGCUCCGCUGGCCGUCGGGGCUGGCACGAUCAUGGACAUGUGGAGCGGCCCGGCCACCGGGCGCGGCGUGAUGAUUCUCAUGACCAUCGCCUUCUUGGGUCCAGCGAUUGGAUCUCUGGUUGGGGGCUGGGUAGCCGAGUACAAGGAAUGGCGCUGGUCGCAGUGGGUAACGCUGUUUCUGGGGGCCGCCUGCUGGGCCUUCAGCAUGGGCGCAAAGGAGUCCUAUUCCCACCCGAUCCUCCAUCGUCGCGCCGUUAAACUGGGGUUGCCCCCCCCUCCGAGCCUGAUUCCAGGAGGGCUGGCCGGCGUACGCAUGAUGCUCACAGUGACCCUGGCGCGACCGGUCUAUAUGCUGCUGACCGAGCCUAUCGUGGCUCUGUGCUCACUUUACUCCUCGCUCAACUUCUCCGUCCUCUUCUGCUUCCUUGCCUGCAUACCCCUCAUCUAUACGGAUGUCUACGGCUUCUCGCAGGGCCAGUGCGGGCUCGUUUUUAUCUCCCUAGCUCUGGGGUGCUCUAUCGGCUGUCUGGGCCUGCUCGCAACGGACCAAUACACCAUGGCCCAGCACCGACGACGCCAUCCUGAUGGGCUCGUCCAACCCCCGCCGGAACGAGUUCUGUGGGCGGCGAUGUUGGCUAGCCCGUUGAUGCCGGCUGCAUUGUUCUGGUUCGCGUGGACGUCGACUCGCCAUGUCCACUGGAUGUGCAGCAUUGUGGCCGUUGGGCUUUUUGGCUGCUCCAACCUCAUGAUCUUCGUGUCAACUGCCCUCUAUUUGACGAGAGUCUACGGAGCAAAGUUCGGCGCCUCGGCGUUGGCCGCCAAUGGCCUGCUUCGAUACGGUAUCGGCGGCUCAUUUCCUCUUUUCACUUUGGCCAUGUAUCACAAUCUGGGUUAUAGCUGGGCGUCGAGCUUAUUGGGGUUUUUGGCCGUGGCCUUUGCGCCUCUGCCGUGGAUGUUCUUCCGCUGGGGAAGCCAGAUCCGCAAACACAGCGCUUAUACAUCGUGAUAGAAGAGUAGAAAGGCACAGGAAAGGGGCCGAUCGUUAUACACGGGGUGUGGGAAUUCAGGUUCAAGUUUAUUUGUCAUAUAGAUUUAGUAAUAUCACGCAUG